AUGGCCGAAUUCAAUCGCAAAACCAAUACAAUCCCCAAGCCGCCAGACUCGAGGGAAAAUCCGACGGUUGGAAUCGCGCCGAGUCCAGGCGAAAAUAUCGGCCAGAAGCGAUUAGCGGAUUUUGACCUUAGCGGCAAAGUAUUUAUCGUAACAGGAGGCGCUAGGGGGCUUGGAUUAUCAUUGGCAGAGGCGUUAGCUGAGACAGGAGGGAACGUCUACUGUUUUGAUCGAGAGCCAGAGGCGGAUGAGGGCUGGAACGAAGCAGCACGACGAGCUGAUCAGUUUGGUGGCUCUCUUCACUACAAGCAGCAAGAUGUACAAGAUACGGAGGGGCUUGAUCGAACUAUCGCAGCCAUUGCGGAUAAGCACGAACGCUUAGAUGGCCUUAUUGCGGCUGCGGGUGUUCAGCAUCUCUCCCCGGCUGUUGAAUGGACGAGGGACGAGGUAAAUCGAAUGAUGGAUAUCAACUACACAGGUGUGAUGAUGACAGCUACGAGCGCGGCCCGUCAGAUGUUCAAGUAUAAGAUCCACGGUAGCAUGUGCUUCAUUGCAAGCAUGUCUGGCAGUAUCGCAAAUAAAGGGCUACUGUCACCCGUAUACAACUCUUCCAAAGCUGCAGUUAUUCAGCUAGCACGUAACCUCGCCAUGGAAUUCAGUCCUAUUCGAAAAGACGGUACGGGAGGUAUCCGAGUGAACUGCAUUAGUCCUGGCCAUAUCUUAACGCCGAUGGUUCUCAAGAACUUUGAGGAAGUCCCAGGCCUUCGCGAGACUUGGGAGAAAGAGAAUAUGAUGGGUCGAUUAGCAGAGACGACCGAAUUCAAAGGUGCUGCCCUGUUUCUGUUAAGCAAUGCUAGCAGUUUCAUGACGGGGAACAACCUUGUCAUUGACGGUGGCCAUACGGCAUGGUAG